AUGGAUUUCAGCUCUCCUUUUACUCUGCAGUGCUUGCUGGUGAUAAUAACUGUUACUCAUGGCUCUGUCACCUGGACCAGUGUGCUCAGUGGCGGCUCAGCAGUCUUUUCUGUGGGAAUUCAAAGUCUGCAGAACUUCUCCAGAAUGAGCAAGAGGGACACAAAAUGCCACACAAAUGUCUUAGGUGAUACUUUGUUUGCCAAGUGUGGCAAUUCUGCUGCCAGAUACCUGAACUUGCAGAAUGGCUCCCUAGUACUGAGGAGUGUGGAGAAAGAGGACGCAGGAAAUUACGAGUUUGUUUUUCACAACACCACCAGAUUUUUUACGCUGGAAGUAUUUGAGCUGGCCAUUGGUAUCCAGUGCUUCCCUAAUGGGACCGGAGACUUGUCCUGCGAUGUGACCAGCAAUGAGAGCACCACGUUUCGGUGGCUGCUGAAUGGCACCGAGCUGAGCACCUCUGAGAGUUGUAUUAAGAACUGUGGGAAGAUUCAUCUAGACAAAACCGUGCCUGGGGAAUUUGUAUGUGAAGUUCAGCAUGGGAACAGCAUCGUCAGGUCCAGGCCGGUUGUGCUGGCUUGCAACUACGGAGACCUGCUGCAGUACCCGUGGUUCAUUUACAUCCUGGCAGGGUGCGCAGGGGGUGCGGUUAUCCUGGUGGUGGUUGUGUCCUCGAUCACAUGUUGCUGCAUGAAGAGGAAACACAAUUUCAUGCCAGUGCCUUCAGAGGAGAAGGAUGACGGACUAACAAUGUCCAUGGUCUCCAGUGAAGAUGUGAAGAGCCCCCCCAACGGAGACCACGUCGAGGCCCAAGCUGCCCAAAUCGACUGCCCUCCAAAGCCUGAUACCGCCUGUACUGGUCAAGGCAUUGAGUCCCAGCCCCCUGUGGAAGAAAAUUUACCAGUGGAAGUAGGGGCUGAGGAAAUGCCAGACCCAGAGGUCAUAGUUGACGUGGAAAGCCAGGAAAAUGCCUCGGACUGUUUCCCGGAUCCAACUGAUGACUGA